CUGCCUGCCUCGUUAACCUUGAUCCCUGUCACCUGUGUUGCUUCCGCCCUGCUCCUUAGUCCCUGUGUAUAUACCUGGUGUUUCUGUUUAGUCUUUGUCGGGUCGUUACAGUGUGUUGUAGUGUUGUCUGCUCAGUCUCGUCUUGCUUGUUCCCUGUCAGUUGUUAGGAUUUUGGAUUGUACACCUGUUUCUGGCCUUUUCUGUUGGAUUACCUUGUUUCUUUGGAUUUUGGAUUCCCUGGGCUCAGCCACUACGUUUUCAGACUGAGCGAUGGACCCGGAAGCCGGCGGGACGAUGGAGGUGGCGGUGCUCGGCCGGCCCUUCAGCCUCGGGAUGUUGUACGACUGCCGCAGCGACUCACUCGUCCCUGGAAUGACACUGUGGGACCAUGAUAAACUGAUAAAAUAUAUACGAGAAAGACCACACAACUAUAAAGGCUUUGAGAUAGUUGCAUCUGAAUCAAUUGAGGACAAAUCUUCAGCACUAAACGUUGAAGCUUCCCUGAAGGCAAGUUUCUUGAGUGGACUGGUUGAGGUUGAUGGAUCGGCCAAAUACCUGAACGACAGUAAGACUUCCAAAAAUCAAGCCAGAGUAACUCUGAAGUACAAGGCUCCCACAAAGUUCCAGGAACUGUUGAUGGAUCACCUUGGAAGAGGCAAUGUGAAGCAUCCAUAUGUCUUUGAUAAAGGAUUAGCAACACAUGUAGUCACAGCCAUUCUUUAUGGGGCACAAGCCUUCUUUGUCUUUGACCGUGAGGUGUCUAAAAAAGAAGAUCAUCAAGACAUUGAGGGGAACUUGAAGAUGAUGAUCAAGAAGAUUCCCAGCCUUGCUAUAGAGGGUGAAGGUUCCCUGAAACUGGAAGACAAGGACAGAGCAAAUGUUGAGAAAUUCUCCUGCAGAUUCUUUGGAGACUUUUCUCUUAAAAAAAGUCCUGUGUCCUUUCAGGAUGCAGUAGAAGUCUACCAAAGCCUGCCAAGAUUACUGGGAGCCAACGGAGAAAAGGCUGUACCAAUGAAAGUCUGGCUGUUGCCACUGACAAGUUUAGAUUCUUCUGCUGCAAAACUGGUCCGUCAGAUAAGUAUAGGAUUAGUUCAGGAAUCACAGAGAGUCCUGGAGGACUUCAGUGAGCUGGAAAUGAGGUGCAAUGACACAAUGAGAACCACCACCGUACAGCAGUUCCCACAGAUUGGCAAAAAGAUUAAAAGCUUUAAAGAGAUGUGCUCUGAGUUCAAGCUGGGAUUCCAACGAAAUCUGGCAAAGAAACUUCCAUCAAUCCGAGGAGGAGGAGAAGAGGAGGCUGUGCUCGCAGAGAUCCUGAAGAAGAGACAUUCUUCUCCUUUCAACAGCAAAGACCUGAACGAGUGGUUGGACUGUAAAAUGACAGAAAUCUGCAUCUUAAAAUCGUUUACCAAUAUGAUGAAAAACACCAAGAUCGUCCCCUCUCAGAAUGUUCUUAGUAAAGAAACCUUCAGUGCAGAUCAUGCUGUGUGUUUUGUUUUCACCUCCCUGGGAAGUGCUGAACCGUACCUCUCAGAUUUAUCAAACUACUUAAAACAAACGCCCGAACCAGACGACCCUCAAGAUGUAGAGAAGGAACAAUGGUUCACCUCAAAAGAAAUAACAGAUGCAAUGAGGAAUAAAGCAAAGCUCUUCAGUGACUUUGCAGAGGCCAACAAGGAGAACAAGAACAUAAAGUUCCUGACAGUGGGAUUAACAAAUGAGACACAGAAAGGUUCAAGCAUCUACCUUUAUGAAGGCGCCUUUUCUGUCAAUGAGAACUUUGAGCCGCCUUCAAAGCCUGAAACAGUAACAGCAAGUGACAUAAAGCACAACAGUGUGACACUGAAGAUUUCUGCGCCCAGAUUUGGAGCAGAGAACAUCACCUCCUACUCUGUAGAGUACUGUGUCAGAGGAGAGGAUGGAUGGCAACAAGAGACAGCAUCAAAAGCUGGAGAAGUCACAGUGAGCCAUCUGAGUCCUAACACAGAGUAUAUGUUCAGAUGCAGAGCAGUGACCUCAGCAGGUGUUGGGCCGGCCAAUGAAGCCAGUGGUUCCAUUAAAACCUUACCUUGCAGCCCUCCUGGAAAACCUCAAGUUGAUCCAAACUCAAGUGAGAUCUCAGUCAGCUGGGAGAAACCUGCUGAGCUUGAACAAGAUGUCCAGAUUUUGAGCUACAUCGUGGAGUACGCCAAAACAGACAACGGGGUGAAAGAGGAAGAUCUCCAAUGGAAGCAAAUGAUGUCGAGAACUGAAAAGGCGAUCAUUUCAGGGCUUCAGCCAGAGACAGAAUAUGUUGUCAGGGUCAGAUGUGACUGUGGUGCAGCUGGAAGAAGCAAGGAGAGCAUCUCUGUUAAUGUCUGCACAAUGAAAUUUAAACGUCUCACAGAACUCCUCAAAAGUAGAAGUGAAAGGAUAAAUUCUGAAUCACCUUCAGUUUACAAACUGCCUCUGAAAGAAGAAGAUACGGACAUUGAUGGAUGUAGAAGAUACAGUUUUGGCAAAGAAAGCACGAGGAAAAAUCGCACAAUAAUGUAUUUUGGAGCGACCGGAUCGGGAAAGGCGACUCUCAUCAAUGGACUGAUCAACUACAUUCUAGGUGUCGAAUGGGAGGAUUCAUAUCGGUUUAAGUUAAUUGACGAGGGUCAGUCGACGUCACAGGCUGAAAGCCAGACCUCUGAAGUCACUGUGUACAAAAUCAACCACCAGGAGGGUUUUAAAACAGAAUACUCUCUGACCAUUGUUGACACUCCAGAGUUUGAAGAUACAAGAGGCAUAAAAACAGACAGACAGAUCACAGAACAGCUGUGUAAUCUCUUCUCUGCUGAGCUUGGUGUCAGUGAAAUUGACGCUGUGUGUUUUGUAGCUCAGGCUUCUUUACCUCGACUCACGCCAACACAGAAAUAUGUGUUUGACUCCAUACUCUCAAUCUUUGGCAAAGAUGUGGCAGAAAACAUCAGGGUUCUGGUGACAUUCGCAGACGGCCAGCAUCCACCAGUUCUAGAGGGAAUCAAUGCUUCAGGUGUCCCAUGUCCUAAAACAAAAGACGGGCUGCCAGUUCACUUCAAAUUCAAUAACUCAGCUUUGUUUGCAGACAACAAAUCAUCUGCAGCAGGCAGCAUGAGUGGGGAUGAUGAGGAUGAAGAGGGAGGCUUUGAUCAGAUGUUUUGGAACAUGGGGACAAAAAGCAUGAAGAGGUUCUUUGCUGCUUUGAAUCAAAUAGAAACCAAAAGCUUGACAUUGACAAAGGAGGUAUUCGGAAAAAAAGAGCAGCUCAAGAAGUCACUCGAAAAUUUGCUGAAGCAGGUUGAAGAUGGGUUACUCAGGUUUGAUGAGAAAAAUGAGCGGCAAGAAAUCCACCGAACAAGUUAUUGGGCAUUUCUUAAAAAAAUGCUAGAAGAAUUUGAAUUCAGGGAAUUAAUAAUGGCAGAGGUGCUGAAACUGUCAGACAGCUCCACAGAGUGUUUAAACAGACUUAAAGAGAUUUCAUUGAAGCCAAAUCUUCUCUCCACUGCAGAGUACAUCGACAUGCUGAUUGAGGAAGAGAAAUCUGAGGCCAAGCCAGGCUGGAAGCAACGAGUUCAGUUCCUGAGAGAAAUAUUAAAAGAUGAUGAUGAUGAUGAUGAUGAAGAACAUAAUAGUGGUGAAGAAGAUGAAUUCACCACCUUGGCGAAGAUGAUGAUGAUAGUAGUUUUAUCAUCUGAUGAAGAAGUUCAUGAUUUUGCUUUUUUCUUGUUUAUGAAAUUGCUGAUGAAGAUUAGAUUUUCUCUUGGUGACAAAGAAGGUGAUGAUAAUGAAGAAUAAGUUUAAUCCCUCUUACUGAAAUGUUUCACUCCAUUGUUAUUUUCUUUAUUUCAUUACACACACAUGCACAUCCUAACAGUAAGUGAACAGGCACUUCUCCAACUACCAGUCCAUACUGACUGGUUCAUACUGGACUAAAACAGGCAACCCUCCAGUUCCUAAGUCCCCAUAGACUGAGUUACCCGCCCCAAAAAAUUGAGUAAAUGGCUAAAAUAAACUGAAGAGAGAUUCUGCUCAAGCAUCCGUAGUGACCAAGAAUCUCUGCUUCAAAACUAAAUGAAAAUCAAGACUACAACAGAUACCAAGACAGAGAUCCAUUCUGACCCAGAUACCAAAGAACCAAACAGGACAGAGAGUGAUGUACUGAGACAGUCUCCAUACUGAGACACCGACACUUCAGUUAUUCUGACCAACAAAAGCUCAAGUAGAAAUGUGUUCGACAUAAAGAGAGAAACUGCUAACUCGUUUGUACAAACGUAUUCCAGCAGGAGUUAUCUGCAGAAAAUCACAGAUUUACCGUGUGUGCUGAUAAAUGUUUGAGUGUGCUGGAAGCAUUUACUGGACAACUUCCUGCCACCAUUAACACCAGUGUCACAGUUUAAACCUCCAGCUUUAUUAACUCAGCAAACCUGAACACUGAGAAUUAAAUAGUAUUUAUAUUUUAUCUAUUUUGACAAUCUAAAUAUAACUGUUCAUAAAGUGUUUAGAUAUAUAGAUUUGCAUUGUUCAGUACGGCUUUGUAAACAGGAAUAUCAGCUUCUUACUCAGUUGUUCUGCUCUUCUAUUAUUUUCUUUGAGUUUUGAAAAAGGUGGUUAAUGUGAAAAAUGAUAAUGACUUGUUAUGCUGAUGUGUAUUGAUUUACAUGUUAUUGUUGUGUUGUAAUAACCGGUGUAAAAUGCUCUGAUAGUACAUUAAGAUAGUUCCCCUUGCUUGCUCACUACUCAAGAAUGUCUGUUGUGUAAAAACAGCUGACGCUAAUCUCUUUUGUAAACAGUAAGAUGAGAGCAUUCAUUAAUGUUCUGACCAUGUUUCAUAAACUUAAUGUGUCCAUGGAACGGCCAAAGAGGGGACUGAUUUGACCUUUAUGCAUUCUGAUGAUCAUAUGUAUCAUUUACUUUGUGUACUUAUAUUCAUUUUACUGUCCACUAUGUGUACCAGUGUUUCAGCUAUAAUGAACAUCUGUGAGAUAGUUUUAGCUUCUGCCUACUGUUCCUGUGAGAACUAUCAUAGUAUUAAGGUAUCAAGGCUGAGAACAGCUUUCUCGUAGACUCCACAGUUAUCUCCUGCAUUAAAUCCCUUAGUUAUCCAGAUGCUGCGGAGUCUGAGUCCUCUGGACCAGCUGACUUUGUUACUCUACUUUCUUCUAACCUUAAUAAAAAUAACAAAGACA